AAAAAUGAAUUUGUUCAAAUCAAUACACCAAUAAUAACAACAUCAGAUUGUGAAGGUGGUGGUCAACUUCAUGCCGAGAUGAUUGCAUGUGCAAUGUCAAGAGUUUUCACAUUUGGCCCAGUAUUUCGAGCAGAAUGGUCAUUCACAUCAAAACAUUUAGCUGAAUUUUGGAUGUUGGAAGCUGAAAUUGCUUAUUUGUUUAAACUCGAAGAUCUAUUAGAUUUCAUAGAGGGCUGUUUACGCGAAGUGACAAGAUAUGUUUUAGACAAUUAUAACGAAGAUCUGGAGUUUUGUAAUAAAUGGUAUGAUCGGAACCUGCUUUUAAAAUUGGAGAGUCUCACCGAAAGAAAUAGUUUUGUCAGGAUGACAUAUACCGAGGCAAUCAAAGCACUUCAGCAAUCUAAAAUGAAAUUCUUCUAUCAACCAGAAUGGGAUUUCAUAGAGGGCUGUUUACGCGAAGUGACAAGAUAUGUUUUAGACAAUUAUAACGAAGAUCUGGAGUUUUGUAAUAAAUGGUAUGAUCGGAACCUGCUUUUAAAAUUGGAGAGUCUCACCGAAAGAAAUAGUUUUGUCAGGAUGACAUAUACCGAGGCAAUCAAAGCACUUCAGCAAUCUAAAAUGAAAUUCUUCUAUCAACCAGAAUGGGGUAAGUCGUUGCAUAGAGAACAUGAAAUAUAUUUGUCCAAUAAUUAUUGCCAACGACCAGUUUUCGUCACAAAUUACCCAAAAAACGUCAAACCUUUCUAUAUGCGAUUGAAUCCAGAUGGCAAAACUGUUGCGUGCACAGAUUUGUUGAUGCCUGAUGUUGGAGAGCUUUUAGGUGGGAGUUUGAGAGAGGAAAGAUAUGGGCAGUUGGAGGAUAGGAUGGAUGAGAUGAAGUUGGAUAAAGAACAGUAUAAAUGGUAUUUGGAUUUGAGGAAGUAUGGAAGUGUUCCUCACGGUGGAUUUGGAAUUGGGUUCGAUAGAUAUUUACAAUACAUAACCAGCCUGGAUGAUAUUCAUGACGUAAUACCAUUCCCCAGAUCUGCAAAUUAUUGCAAAUGUUGA